AAACAAAACGCCGUAACCAUGGACCAAAAGAAACGUUUACCGGGGCUUAUAGAGCAUAACAAAGUUUCUCCAUUUCAAAUACUGGACGUACGAUCGAUAAACGAGAAUGUUCCGACAACCAGCUACACCCUGCAGCAGGCAGAAGCCGCCGAAGCGUUCGAUGAUGAUUCUUCGGGCAGUGAGAAAGAGCUAGUGAUCGACAUGGAGGAUGCAGAAGCCGAGCCACCGGACGAUGAGGAUUUCGUUUUGGAGGAAAAGAUUCAAUCAGAACUACCGAUGCACGUAGUUAUCAAGGCACCACCAUCACCCUCACCACCGCCACCAUCGGUGCCAACGAACACAGCAGCGAAAGGCCGAAUCAAUCGAAGGAAAAGUCAACACGUACGGCUGGACAAUGCUGACAUGACGUUUGAGGAACCGGCUAUACUCGAAACGACUCCAUCGGAAGCCGAAGCAAAAGGGGACGAACUGCAGGAAGGUAUCGAUGCGAACCGCACCAUCAUGCAGCACGUUGCACUAUUACGGACUGCGAUAAACUAUCUUUUGCAGCAGCAUCAUCAAAAAACGAUCCCGUUUCCGAACGGUGCGAGUGACUUUGAAACGAUGGAUUCGUGGAUGGAGUGCUACGAGCAGCUCAAGUGUGAUAGUUUGCCGGGAACCAGCAGGGAAAAUGCGAAAAAGUAA